AUGGCUCCUAAAUACGCCCCAGAUGUGCGCUCUCGUUUGGCUCCUUUGUUGCUUUUCUUGCAAACAGGCUUUAUUAUAUUGUAUUACUUCUCCACUGAGAUAGAAAGCAAUGUGGAUGGGAUUAUAUUCAGCAAUUUCUACCCAGUGUUCCAGGAUUUGAAUGUGAUGGUCUUUUUGGGUUUUGGUUUCUUGAGUUCUUUUUUGGUCCGCUAUGGUUUUAGUGCCUCAGGGUUCAGCUUUCUUAUUGCUGUCAUGGCCACCCAGUGGGCACUCAUACUAAAUGGUAUUGAGUCUUGGUAUUACAGUGGGAAGAUUAAGCUUAGCCUGAGAAGCUUGGGGGUUGCUGAGAUGUGCACCGCCUCAGUUCUUAUCUCAAUUGGGGCUGUACAAGGCAAAACGAAUCAUGUCCAGCUAAUUCUAAUGGCCCUACUGGAGGUGUUUGGCUUUGUCCUGAAUGAGUGGCUUCUGCAGACUCUGCUCUCGGCACGGAAUACACACUGCAUCAUGGUACUUCACAUCUUUGGUGCAUUCUUUGGUCUUGUUCUGACGUGGAUCCUCUAUCGGAAAGAAUCAGAACAGGGAUUCGAGAAGGAGAAACUUGACCGCAAAGCUGGAUUGUUCUCCAUGUUAGGUACUGUGUUCCUCUGGAUGUUUUGGCCAAGUUUUAACUCAGUCCUUGUAGACGACCAUUUUCCUGAGAGGAAAUUGAGGUCAGUGUGCAGUACCUACCUGGCCCUGGCUGUAAGUGCUGUAGCAUCUCUUGCGGUGUCUGCUCUCUCCAGUCCAGAGGGAAAAGUUCAUCCAGCCAAUUUUCAGUCAUGCAUAUUUGCUGGUGGUGUUGCUGUCGGGGUCUCCAUGUCAGUGAUACGUUACCCAUGGGAGGCCAUGACAAUUGGAUUGACUGCGGCUGCUGUGUCAACCACUGGAUUCCGAUACCUCAAGAGCCACAUGCUGUUUGCCUUCGAGUGUCAUGAUACGUGUAGUGUUCUGAGCACACAUGGACUGCCUGGCCUACUGGGAUGGCUGACACACCUCCUUCUGCAGAUUAAACAGUCUGAUGAUCACACAACGGCGAUCCGGUUUGCUGUAUUUCACAUUUGUGUUCUCCUUAUCACAAUAACUGUAAGCCUGACCAUGGGGAUCAUAACAGGGGUACUACUUAAGUGGGACAUCUGGAGACCCCCCCAAGAUAAAAAAUGUUUUGAUGACCAGGCUUUCUGGAUGUUUGAGCAUCUUGCAGUUCGCAAGUAA